UGCUGUGGCCGGAGUGAAGGGCCGGCAAUGAGGGGAGAGACCAGCCCCGUGCCGCGCUGGAGGGAUGCGGACUUGGAGGCGCGAUGCACCUACGUCGUGAAGGACCAGCCACCUGCCCGACCCCACCUCCCACGAACGCAGGCCUCCCUGGGCCGGACCCUGGCCUUCCCGCGCAGCCACACCAGUGAGGUCUACGCCCCGGGGGCGCAGCUCCACCACGUCCUGGACACCCGCGACCUGCGCUGCCGUGACUGGAUGCGCUAUAUCAACCCUGCCCCGGGCACCGCCGCCCAGAACCUGGUGGCCUGCCAGCAUGACCGGAACAUCUGCUUCUACGCCCUGGCACCCAUCCUGCCCGGCGCCGAACUCCUCAUGUGGCCUGGGCGCGAGGUCGCCCAGCGCCUGCAGUGCCCGGCGCUGGCUGCAAAGCUCGAGCCCCAGGGUGUGGGCACGCCCUGCCCAGAGCCAGGCUCGAAGCUGCCGGCAUCGGCGGGCACCCCAGACUGCCAAAGCCUCACCACUAAGCACACAAAAGAGGAGGAGGAAGACAAGCGUACAGAUGUCCAAGGGCUGGGCAGGGGCAUGGGAAGCCGAACAAUGGAGGUCUCCCGUGCCGUCUGGCCGUGGCCCCCGGGGCUCAGCUUGUCCCACGAUGCUGCUGGAGAGGCGUCUGGUUCUGCGUGCCAAAGAAACGGGAACGCCCCGAGCCAGCCGGGCCUCGGCCUCUGCCCCUGCAGCCUAGCUACCUCACCGCGCCCGGAGCUGCAGCGGCACCUCAGUGGGCUCUCCCCCUCCUGCCCGCUGUACUGGCCCCCCGGGUACCUCUAUGCCUGCAGCCCCAGCCUAGCCCACUGCCCCCGGGUGCUGCUGGUGCCUCACGCCUCGCCCUUCCCACCACUGCCCGCACUGAGCAGGGCAGGGGAAACCUCCCCCUUGGGGCUGCCUUCCCAGGGGUACGGCCAGGCCCUGCGGGAAGGCUUGGUCCCAUACCCCGGAGCCCACCGAACUGUCCCACCGCCGCCCCUCGGCAAACAGGACGACCCCCAGCUCCAGAAGCCGGGCUCCCUCGCCCUGGGCUCUGGCUCCAGGCUCCAGCCAUGCCUGCACCCCGGCGCGGACACUGCCCCCUGCUCCAAAGCACAGCCACAGAGACCUACCUCCCGGCUCGCCCUCCAGCUGGACGCCGUCAACCUCAGCAUGCCAAAGACCCCCCGGCCCGGGGCCUUGCCCCCGAAGAAGCAGAGCAGCAGGCCCAAAUACGAGUGCAACAUCUGUGCCAAGACCUUCGGACAGCUCUCCAACCUCAAGGUCCACCUGCGUGUGCACAGCGGGGAAAGACCUUUCCAGUGCCCCAUCUGCAAGAAGCGCUUCACACAGCUGGCUCACCUGCAGAAGCACCGGCUGGUCCACACCGGCGAGAAGCCCCACGAGUGCCUGGUCUGCCACAAGCGCUUCAGCAGCACCAGCAACCUCAAGACACACCUGCGGCUGCACUCGGGCGAGAAACCCUACCAGUGCCCCCUGUGCCCGGGCCGCUUCACCCAGCAGGUCCACCUGCGGCUGCACAGGCGCCUGCACGAGCUGGAGCGCCGGCAUCGCUGCCCUCACCUGCACCCGCUCAGCCUGGCGCUGCACCAGCGUGCCUGCCACCCCCGGGUGCCCGGCGCUACCCACGACUUUGGCCUGGAGGGUGAACGGGCCGAUGCCAGCCAGGCCGCGGGGCUGGCGGACAGUCUGCCCCAAAGGGGGGCAGAGAGGGGCACUCCGGGGCUGCUCCUCAUGGACAAGGCCUCGGGCUCGGCCCUGUUGCCCCUGCCCCGCUAUGGGCUGCCCGUCAAGCAGGAAGCCUCCCCCAUGCAGCCGGCCUGAGCCCACUGGACUCCCUCACUGCUUCCUUUGGAGGGCUGGGGAGUCUCAGCCCCCCUUCAGAGCCGGGGACAGGGCUCAGCAGAUGGAUGCCAGAGGCAGGGGCAGCCCUAGGGCUCUGCCCUAGUCUGCGAGAGGCCCUGUGGCCCCAGCCCUAUAUAGAGAUACCAAAAACAGCUGGGGAUGCCCCCAACCCUUUCCAGCUCCAAAGCAGCCUCAGUGCCAGGGGGCUCCAGCAGCCUCCUCUGCCACCCUCGGUGGGGGUCUUCAGUGAGCUCCCCCCAAGUGCCACCAGGCCCAGGAUGGUUUUGAUGCUUCAGGUCCCUGCCCUGUGCCCCCAGGGGGCUGGGGGUGACAGGCGCAUUCACCCCAAUCUACAGAAAGAGCUUUAAUCUCUCCUUGCCCCCGCAGCUGGGGGCUGCCCUCGGUACAAGUCAGGGCGCCCGCCUUGGUCCAUAAAGAGCUUUAAGGUCUCGGCUUCAGGCAGGCAUCACCUCGAGGGGGAUGGUCUCUGGGCUGGCGCGAGCCCAGGCACACAUGCUCCCUGCCCAGCCUUUGCCUGCCUUGUGCGAGACAGGCGUGGAGUGGAGGAGUCGGGCCUGGGAAGAUGGCAAUGUGGCGGGGUGGGGAGAGGGGCCCGGUGUGCCCAUGCAUUGCACGCCCCUGAGCUGCCGUGGCUCUGGCUCAUCCAGAGCUCCUAGCUCAAGGGCUGGAGAAGCUGCUUCCAGGGCAGCCCCCCGUCACUGCCAGCUCUCCGCAGCUCUUCUGUCUCUGUGCCCGGGAUGCCCAUUGCGCGUCCUGCCUCGACACCCCUGUGCCCUCCCGACAGCCUGUUACACCCACCUCCCUGAUGCCCCCGUGCUGCUGGCCCGAGCGCCCCUCAUCGUCCCCUUCACGUGGGCCACCGAGAUUCCCUGUAGCAAGUCCGCCUUCAAGGGCAGGAACCGGCUCCGUCAGCACAGUGCUUGCUUGCACCCGGGACGCUGGCAGGAAGCUUUGCCAGGCUCCAGCCUCUCGCCCAAAGCCAGCCCUCCUGCCCCUGCCCCUGCCCCGACCGGGGGCUGUUGUUCCAAUGCUCUGAUUCAA